AGGAAAAAAGUAAUUGCCCAUUUUGUGACUGAGGCCAUCUUGGAUUUGAAUUUUCCAUGAUCUGAUCUACUGUGUUCUACUAGUCAAGCCCAUUCAUUUGAUAUCCAUAUCGAUGGGGUCUUGAAAAAAAUUGUUUUGUGGUGGCAUGCAUUGAUGCAUUGAUGAGAUUUUGAGAAAAUAUGUAGUCCGCCAGUCUUAUCCCGGAGCAGAAACGUUGGACAUCGUGAGGCACUUUGUGACCGCCGGAUAUAGACGAUCCGAUAUUCACAAUAUCCUCACUCUUUUGGAGUGUCGAGCGGAAACCUGGUUUCUGCUGCCCGACCGUAAAGUGUGGCAGAAGCUAAAGAGGAUAACCGAGGGCAAGGUAGCCUCAUUGUUCCCCACUUUGGGUCAGAGGGUCCAUCUAAAGCGGUCAAACGGUGAAGAAGUACCUGGCCAAAAUGGGCGUUUUUAUGCGGAAGCGUCAAUCGAGGCCGAUCGUGGCAAUCAACCAGAAGGAGUGGCUAAAAGUGCUGGUGAAAAACAUCUUUCCGGCUACACGUGACUUCGUGGUCACGAUUAAUGACGAGACCUACUUGACGCUGAAUGGACACGAUUGUUUCUCCGUGGCUUUAGUAAUUGCCGCCGUAGCCGGACCUCAGUGGCUUUUAACCGAGGAAAAGAUCCCAAAUGGCAACUAUAACGGAACGAUGAACUACAACCUGAAGGACGAGGGCAUUUAUCUAACAAAAUACACCAAAUCAUCACUCUGGAUGCUUUGCAGUAAAGUUGGUGGCGGUACUAUGGGUUCCCUGUCAACCGAAUUCCAAUGCAAUCUGAUAGAUUACUUUCCACAGGAGGACUACAAUCCGGAUCCACACGAUUCGACAAACGCGAUUCCAUAUACUGUCAUCCGUUCGGUGCCAUUUUUUCUCGCCUCUAAUCUCGUCCUGGUGAUAAGCUAUGUACUGUUCCUGUUGGCCAUGUGCUCGUCCAAGCACAAAAUCUGUUACUUUGUAUCCGGGGUGCUAUUUAUAAUAUCAGGUCUGCUGAUGCUAAUCGGUCUUAUCAUGUUCAUUUCAAUCUUGAAAGCGGAAAUCGGCUCCAAGCUACGACCCCGCUCCUCUCUUCAAGCGCCAUUGUUUAUCUUCCGUUAUGGGCAGAGUUUUCUGCUCUAUGUGUUCGGGUUCAUCAUAACCGAGUUAUCUGGUAUCCUUAACGUCUUGAUCUACUCCAACCUACACCAGCAGGAGUUCAAUCGAUCCCAAACAUAUCCUACCUACCAGAGCCUCAGCGGUAAUUACUACAAUAUCGCUUCGAUCACAUCCAACGCCACCCAAGCCAAAUCAAACGAAUAUCCAGAGUAUGACAGCAAGCUGCCUAGGAUAUAUUUCGACAAAAAUGAAGACUGUGCGGUUCAUCGCGUCCGCGAGCAACGCAACUUGGUGAGAUGUUUGAACAAGCUUUACACUGAACCAGCACCGGAGAUGAGAAGUACAGCUACUGCAACCUCACCUCCGUCGGAGGAUGUGGACAUUUCGGCACCAUCCGGAGUGGAGCUCACCGUGGAAACGGGGAAGCUCACUAGAAGUGUGUCGACUACCACCGACAUUAUGCCGAUGGACGAUCAGAAAAGUACUGACAGGGGUAAGAACGAAGACAACACCAAGAAUAUAUGUGGGAUUUCGAAACAGUAUCUAACAAAAGAACUGUCCAAGGAGAAACUUUUCAACGAGUUUUGCAAAAAGGUUGGACCCAGGCCGAAGCCGAAAAAUAUCUAUUACAUUGAUGAUGACGGGAAGGACAGCGAUGGGUUCGACAGUGUUUUUGUUAUUGAAGGGAAUAAUAGCGACGAUGAUAAAUUUAAGCGUCGGAGGAGGAACUCUAUGAUGGAAGAAGGCGCGAAGAUGCAUCAUAUUGAGCGCAGACAGAGAAUCAAAUCGGAUAACUCAUUAGAUCAAGUUCAGAGACAUAAUGAUGCGCAUUCUAGAAUCAGCUACGAUAUGAGACAAACGUUACCGAGAAAUUUUAUGAAAAAGAAUCAUCAUCUGAUGAAGGAUCAAUCAAUCACAGAUAAUCGUGGGGGAUUCAAUAGUCUGGACGACUUAGUGGACCAGAGUAACUGGAAUCGUAGGAUUUCAGCAAGUGGCAUUCUUGAACCUGUCAGACUCAACUCGUCGCAUGAUCAUUUGGAAACAAUUUCACCUUACCAUCAGGGAGCUAGAUGGCCGAAAACCAUUCCCAAAUCGACGACCGAUUUCAUCACUAUGCAGCAACAGAGGCGUCUACGGGUGCCAUCGUCUCCUUCAUCUUAUGUCGAGUAUGCGGUUAGAUCGCCAGUUCAAGUACACCGAAGCUAUGGAGAUUUGACUACGCAUCAACAGCAGCGCCCUCACUAUACCCGGAUUCAGCACCCCACAACAGUGUUCAGUUAUAUCUCCCCGGGAAUAGAGUCUCCAUUUUCGGGCAACGUAUCGCCAGUGUUCGACUUGGACAGGAUCGAAAGCGAACGUCGCAAAUCUCACUCCCAACUGUUCCUCAACAGUCCCGGCCGAAGUAGGUCUGUAUUUCCGGUCACACGACAACAACAGCAGCAGCAACAUUAUGACUACGUUAAUGGAACAGCAGUUUAAAAAUAAGGAUGCCAGAAAGGUGAUGGUUCUUUAGCUGUGAUGCUAGUAGGAUGAUAAUCUACAUACAUCAAUAAUGGAAAUAGAUGUCGCUAAUUAGUUUUAGGCGUCGUGCACAAAUUAUGUAACGCGA